AAAGGAAGAUAGAUGAGCGACAGAAAAUCAAUUCUCAUCAAGAGAUGAGAAGGGGUACUUUGGGUGAAUGUGCAGAACACCUUUCUUUCCCUUGAAGAAGAACGUUAAACGUCAAUAAGGUUAUUCCUUCCAUGGAUCUAUUAGGAUUGAAGCAACCCAAGAUAUUCCAUUCCAAUAAAACAAUAGAAUAGCAUGGAUUGGAUUUGAUUUGAUUUACUUAUCGCCGUUUUACUAUUCUUUAUCUUGCCUUGCCUCACUACUCCGCAAAGUAUUUGAACAUUUUACCUCACCAGCCACAAAGCCAAGCCACAUCAUAAAUCCUCCAGCCUUUUCUUUCCGUCUCCAGCCAGAGAGUAUGUCAUACCUGCCACAUUUAUUUUUGGUGGGUUCCUGUUGCCCCAGCAACCAUCGAUCCCAUGUAAUUGUAAAUAGCCUUCUCAACCAGACCACAUUACCAAAGUUUAACCCUAUCACCACCAACCAACCCACCCUUAACGGGAAGCCUCUCAAAGACUUUCUUCCAUUCUUGAAUUUCAUUCUAUCCAUAAUUACCAUCAUUCCACCAUUCCAUCCACAUAAGCCACAACUUUUCAUCCAAAAGUUAUUCUAUCAUCAAUUAUUCCAUUUCGGAUCACUUUGCGGAGUCCUGCCUAAUUAUAAUCAUCGUCUAAGACAUAAGGUUCGCGUCAUUAAAAAGUCAUUCAUUGACUCCAUACGCAUUCACUGGUACGACGUCGGUCACAAAACAUCGACCUCAGCUUCUGAAAGCAACAACCACAAAAUAAAUAUAAUGGCUACGCAAUAUCAAUCAAAUCAAUAUUCAAGGCGUGAAAGUGUAUCCGAAAAAUACGACGCGACUCCAAGAAGGAAAAAUACUCAACGUCGAGAACAAAGUCAGAGAUCGAGUGACGGAACAGUUAGCACAAUGAUGAGCAAUGCUUCAACAGGGAGAGAAUCAGCGGCGACAAACAUGACGGAGGGUCCUUCAUAUUCAAAAAAGAUUGUGGUGGUUGGUGAUGGGGGAUGCGGGAAGACUUGUCUCUUGAUAAGUUAUAGUCAGGGAUAUUUUCCAGAGGUAUGAUGAUACCAGUAGUUGUGAUUAGAGCUCAAUCAAUUUGUUAUUUGGCUAACGCGUGUUUAGAAAUAUGUUCCAACUGUAUUUGAGAAUUAUAUUACCUAUCCGACACAUCAACAGACAGGAAAGACACUCGAAUUGGCGUUAUGGGAUACCGCAGGGCAGGAGGAGUACGAUCGUCUUCGUCCCCUAUCAUACCCGGAGACGGAUCUAUUAUUUGUUUGUUUCGCCAUCGAUUGCCCCAAUUCCCUCGACAAUGUUAUGGAUAAGGUGAGAUGAAUAGGGGGAAUUCGUGGCCAAUUAUCAUACUAAUCGAAUUUAUAGUGGUAUCCUGAAGUUCUACACUUUUGCCCAUAUACACCACUCAUUCUCGUCGGUUUGAAAUCGGACUUAAGAACGAAACGUACUUGUAUCGAUUUGCUCAAAACUCAAGGUCUCACACCCGUCACCACCGAACAAGGAAUGGCUGUUGCAAGAAAAAUGGGGGCUCGUUAUAUGGAGUGUAGUAGUAAAGAAAUGACCGGUGUAGAUGAAAUCUUUACAGAAGCCAUCAACACAGUUGUCGUCAACGAUCGAAGCAACCAACCAACCACUUCAUCAUCAUCAAGUGGUCCACCCGGUACACCCAAUUCCCAAGGUGUAAUCAUUCCGAAAAAGAAGAAGCGAAGUUGUCGAUUCUUGUAAUGACCCAUUCCUUCACCACAUGAUCAACAUUACGCAUUCCGAUAAAGCACGACACGAGCAUGAUUUUUUGAAACGACCUACGAACUGCAUAACGUAACGAGGGUGUAUAAUUGUGAAAAUCUGCAAUCAUGAAGCAGAUUUUAGGAAAUUGAGCCUUGCAUUCAUUAGCAUUGCCGCAUAGUCAUUAGCCUUUCUUUUCUCCUUUUCUACUUAUUUUUUCAUCACACUCUCAUACCGCUGGAGCUGGACGGGACUGGACUGGACUGGACUUUCUCCGGUAAUUUUUUUACUUUACAUUUUGAUUUGCGGCUUGUUUUUUUGGACUUUCUUGUGAAUCAGUUAGGGAAUUUGAGGGAAACUGUGAACACAACAAACUGACUAUGAGCGAGCGAUUCCUAUCGACUCUUUCUUAUGUACAACGAAACUUUGUGGGUAGACAAUGCAUAACAUACUCUUAAAGGAUACAUAAUUUUUGACCUUUGGUUUUCUGGUUGGGGAUGUUGUGAGGAUGUUAUCUUGGCAUAACUCGUGAAUAUUAUGAGGUA